AUGGCUUUCCUGGGACAUCAACAGGUCUCGCCAAAUGAGGUGCUGCUGGAUUCCUUGCUGUCGGCCCUCAACUGUCAAGACCUGGUGGCCUUGGAGAUGGUUAGUGCCAGUGGCCUGACGGAUCUCAAGGCGGGGCACCACUGGGUGGUUUACUUCCGGCAGCGUCUUCCGCACUUCGUGCUUGCUGGUGAGUGUUCAACUGCCUUAGAGGCCAAUGCAGCCACCAAGGCAAGUCUGAGCAAACUGGCGCAGUCCUUGGGCGGUUGGGAUGGACAUGAACCCGUAGUGCUUGACUCCUUGGAGGAGCUACGGAAGCUUGCGGUGAAGUUGGAGGUGGCUGAGCAGACAGCAAAGGAUGCUAGAAGCCAAGGGCAUGCCACUACUGGAGCCAUGAUACGAUGCCUUCAUUUCACCGGUGGCAGUGUAAGCACACCAGUUUCGUUUCAGCUGAGCUCUGAACUUGGAGCACCUGAAACCUUCCUGUUGCAGUUGGGUUGGACCACAAAUCAUGAUGUGCUUUUGCGAGUGACUCCUAAGGAGCCUCAGGCUGAAGAGCGAGCCUUAUCCAUCAGUGUCUCCACCUUUGGUCCCAGCCACGGGCCGCAAUUUGUCUCACGGGACUCGCCAGUUGUCACCGGUGGGCGCUGGUGGACCACCAAUGGCUUGUGUACUCCUUCCAAAGGACCUGAACUACUCAGGAGUUUACGUACCGGGCUCUGGUGUGUGGUUUGCAUCUGCCAACGUCCAGAUGAUGCUCCAGUUCCACAGUCCUUGCGCCUCACAAGGGUUCUUGACUCACUGGCACUGCAACUCCCAGACGAUCGCGAUGAUCUGCGAUGA